UCAAAUCCAAGCUAGUAACUGGCUGGAUUACGAAGACCCGUGCCCGUACGACCAAAAAGGUCAAAACGGGAAACGAAGGUGGAGAGCAAGCACCUUCGAAGAUGCCCUACGAAAUAUGGGGUCACAUAUCGAAGAGGGAUUGGGAGGCCUUUGUUGCCAAAAGAACAACUCCCAUAGAAGUUGAAAAGCGUGGUAAAGCUUCUGAUUCUGCAAGCAAAAGGAAGUUUUACCAUCGCUUAGGCCAGAAAACGUACGAUGAGGUCCGAAAAGAGUGGGUGGAUGCGGGUUUAUACCCCAAUCAAAGUUCAUCCACACCCUCAUCUACGACUACCUCCGCAUCCGUACAUACUCUUGCUGGAGAUCGGGUGCGUGAUUGGUAUUGCGGGCUUCAUUCCCGAGAUGCAAGUGGUAAAUUUACCAUUAAUGAUCCGGGAACGAAGAAGGUUGCUGAUGCUGUGAUGGGCUGGAAGGAAAAAGAAGCUACGGGGGAGUUCACCCCAAAAGGCAAUGUUGACGCAUUGCAUAUGGUCUUAGGGAAAGACCACAGUGGGCGGGUAGUCGGAAAAGGAGGCGUCCGCGUGGGGUUACAGAAGGCAUUCGGCAAAGAGUGUGUUGCUACUCAAUCCCGAACGGCACUGUGGGAAGAAGCAGCAACCCUCCGAGCGGAGAUUACGAAGGACGUUCUCGCGAAGGUGGCCACCGUGUUGCAAAAGAUGGGUGCACCCAUUGUGGACUUGGCAAACCUGAUUGUCGAGGAUCAGGGAAGUCAACAUGGGGAUUCUAACGCUUUGGUCGAGCCAACACCCGAGCCCAUUACCCCCGUAGCACCCCAGCUCUUUACUAAUACCCCUGAAGGGGAAACAUCACACCAUCGAACAUAA